CCUCUGAGGUGAAUGUCAGUCGGUUCUGCCUUCAGAGAGAGAAGCACGACCCCAGAUAAACCGAGAGACCACUACCUACCAGCUACGGCUAACUAGUGACCAGCUGGAGACUAGCUACACCAAGAGACCACUACCUACCAGCUACUGCAAACUAAUGACCAGCAGGAGACUAGCUACACCAAGUUAGAGACCAGCUACUGCUAACUAGUGACCAGCUGGAGACUAGCUACACCAAGAGACCACUACCUACCAGCUACUGCUAACUAAUGACCAGCAGGAGACUAGCUACACCAAGUUAGAGACCAGCUACUGCUAACUAAUGACCAGCAGGAGACUAGCUACACCAAGUUAGAGACCAGCUACUGUAAACUAGUGACCAGCUGGCGACCAGCUGCACCAAGCUACCAGCAGCUAUCCGAGGCCCAGCUGAAGACCAGGCCAGCUGAAGACCAGACCAGCUGAAGACCAUCUAAGGCCCAGCUGAAGACCAGACCAGCUGAAGACCAGACCAGCUGAAGACCAGACCAUCUGAAGACCAGACCAUCUGAGGACCAUCUGAGGACCAUCUGAAGACCAGACCAUCUGAGGACCAUCUGAGGACCAUCUGAAGACCAGCUGAAGACCAUCUGAGGACCAGCUGAAGACCAUCUGAGGACCAUCUGAGGACCAUCUGAGGACCAUCUGAAGACCAGGUGAGGACCAGCUGAGGACCAGACUAGCUGAGGACCAUCUGAGGACCAUCUGAGGACCAUCUGAGGACCAGUAGAGGACCAGGUGAGCGGUCAUGACGGCGUCGUGCCAGACGUGUAAGACCCUGCUGCUGGCCCUGCUGGUGGUGUGGGGCGUGGCCUCCAUGGUGAUCAUCGCGGUGUGGGCGUCGCAGCCCGAGGCCACGCCCCCCGCGCCCUGCGACCAGCGGCUGCAGGAGGUGACGGAGAAGCUGGAGGGGGCCAAGGUGGUGUGGGGGAAGAACAAAGUGGCGCUGGAGGAGAUGGUGGAGAAGCUGAGGGUGAACCAGACCCGGCAACAGGACCGCGUCCGGACCCUUGAGACCGGCCUGGCACUCAGCGGGAGGAGCCUGGAGGCCUGCCGCCACGGACAGGCGCUGCUUCAUGGAAACAUGUCGUCUCUGCAGCAGCAGCUGGAGCAGCAGGAGCUGCUCUACAGGAACCUCUCGGCCCGCGCCGGCCGGCAGCUCGGUAGGAAAACUCUGCUCACUCCGGGACGUCCCGCCAGGGUCAGCACGUCAGACAUAUUUAGGAUGAGCGACUUCAAGGCAAACUGUCUCCAGUAG